AUGUCUGAGGGAGCAGAGAGUCUCAAACAGAGACUCUGUCGGUCUGUAGACGAAGCCGAAGCGAAGCUGCACAGCCUCAGUCGGGAUAUCUGGAGCUGUCCGGAGCUGGCUUACCAGGAGAACAAGGCUCACGACAGACUGGUGGCGUUUUUCAGCCAGGAGGAAGGCUGGAAGGUGGACGCUCACUUCAAGCUGCCCACUGCGUUCCGAGCAUGUUGGUUGGCGGGAGGCAGCGAGCAGGAAGACGUGGUCACUGUGGGCUUCCUGUGUGAGUACGACGCCCUGCCUGCUAUUGGACACGCAUGUGGACACAACCUGAUAGCUGAGGUUGGAGCUGCUGCGGCUCUGGGGCUCAAAGCUGUGCUGGAAAACACACACAAGCUGCCUGUCCGGGUGCAGGUGAUGGUGUUGGGGACUCCAGCUGAAGAGGAUGGUGGAGGUAAAAUCGAUAUGUUAGGAAAGGGAGCAUUUGAAGGUCUGGAUGUAGUAUUCAUGGCUCAUCCAUCAAAGGAGGAUGCCACCUACCUGCCAUGUGUGGCUGAGCAUGAUGUAACUAUAAAGUAUCACGGUAAGGCGUCUCAUGCCUCAGCCUACCCCUGGGAGGGAAUCAAUGCGUUGGAUGCAGCGGUGCUCUGCUACAACAACCUGUCUGCACUCAGACAGCAGAUGAAGCCAGACUGGAGAGUUCAUGGAAUCAUAAAGCACGGAGGAGUGAAACCAAACAUCAUCCCUGCCUACACGGAACUGGAGUACUAUCUGAGAACCCCGUCAAGAGCUGAGCUUCCUGUCCUGAAGGACAAAGCUCAGAAGUGUUUCAGAUCAGCUGCUCUGGCCACUGGCUGUGAGGUUGAAGUAGAAUUUGCAAGAAAUAAAUUUGACAACAUGCUGCGCAAUGUUACAUUGGAGGAGCUGUACGAGAGGAAUGGCAAAGCUCUGGGGAUGGACUUUACCACAGAUGAAGAUGUUCUCAAAAAUGAAUCUGGCUCUACAGACUUUGGCAAUGUGUCAUUUGUAGUUCCUGGCAUCCAUCCAUACUUCUUCAUUGGUUCUAAUGCUCUGAACCACACAGAGGAAUACACUGUUGCUGCUGGUGAUGACAAAGCUCAGUUCUUCACCCUGAGGACAGCGAAGGCUCUGGCCAUGACGGCUCUGGAUGUGCUCCUGCAUCCGGAGCUGCUGCAAAAGGUGAAGCAGGAGUUCGCUGAGGCAAAACUGAAGGAUGAACAGAACGCAGAGCAGUUUGCAAAACACUGUUAAUGCAGGUGGAGGAGCUGCUGCUCCACUGACUGACAGACUAAUGCAGGUUCUCUGCAGUCAAGAACCCUGUAAAAAAGAAUCUGCUGCCUCCAAAUCUUAGGUGAUAUUUUUUUAAUUCAUCAUCUGUACACCAAGCGCAUCAGUCUCUCUUUACUAUCCCAGACACUAAGGGAAACUUGUGAUUCCUAUAAACUAUGGACUUCAGCCCAAAAAUACAUUAAAAUUAUUAUUAUUAUUUUUUUUUAAGCAAAUGCAUUGAAGAGUAAUGUUGACAAACUGCUUUCAGUAACUCAGAACAAAAAACAAAAAUUGAAAAGCUGAAAAUAAAAAACAUUUUGUUUAUGUA